AUGUCAUCCAUAAUGACGAAUGACCCGCCGCAGCCGUCGGCGUCCUUCGGCGAGCGCAGAGGUCACCGUCUCGCGCCAUUGCAGACCAAUUUCAGCCGACCCACGGCGGGACAGUCCAAAGCGGCCCCCUCGCGAUUGCAGCGCCCCAGGCCAACCGAAUAUCCCAGCACCAAUGGCUCUGAGGGGCCGGUUCCUCUUCAGAGCCCGGUCAAGCGACAGUCGUCCAAGUCGAGCCUGCGCAGCCUCUUCGCUCGCGAUAAAACCCAGCGUACAGGUGCGGCUGCGGCCCCCGAUACCAAAUUGGCCGAGAUUGAGGAAAUCCAACCCCCAAUAAACCACGAGACAACAGAGACCACAGAAACAACAGAAACAACAGCAACAACAGAAUCAACCCAACCGAUGGCAGGAGCCGACAUGCCAUUGUCGCCUGUUCUCACUAGCCCCCGGACGACCGCAUCAACCCCAACAUUGACCUCGCCAACUACCCCACGACCCCGAGCAACAUUGAAAACCACAAGGCCAAGGCCCACCGAUUCCAAGCCACUCUCGCAGGAACAGUAUGGCUGGAAGCCUCCUCCACUCUUCCAAGCCUACCCCCAAUCUUACAAGCAUGAAUGCUUGUCUGCACCGGCCAUGUCUGCAGACUCAAUUCUGCGUCUCCAAGCCCCCACAGGGAUUGCGGGUGCCAGUGUAGGGCAAGAUGAAACAGCCGACGCAGCCCGGAAGAAGAAAGAACAGAAAGAGCGCAAGCAUCUCCGAACAUUGUCGGGUACAAUCAACAAGGUCGAAUGGACACAGAAAAUCUACGUACUCGCCACGGCGGGCUUCAUCCUCCAGUACGCAGGCGAAGGGAAAAAUGACCGUCUACCAGAGAAGAUGCUGCAGUUAGGCCCCCAAUCGGUUGCAUUUGCCAGCGAUGCCAUUCCUGGGAAGCACUGGGUGCUUCAGGUUUCUCAAAGUUCCGCGACAGACAUAAGCGCUGCGCCUGCUGAACCCUCUAAAUCGGGCCGCUUCUCGCGUUUCGGCUUCAAUCGAUCCCAUGCGCGCCGUAUGGCCAGCAGCUUCCUUUUAGUUUUCGACAACCCUGACUCCAUGAUCUCCUGGCUCAUGGCAGUUCGGGCAGAGAUCGAGGCCCGCGGAGGUCCGAAAUUCACCACAGAGAAGCAUUCCGAUGAUAACCAGGAGCCUCGGCUUCGCAGCAAGUCUAGUACCCGGAACAUCGUCAAGAAAGACCCGCAUCGCAUCUCAAGCUUGUUUCUGCAACCUCAGGGUCUCCGUUCACCAGAUGAUGAUGGACACUCGGUUGGUGGUUUGACCUGGCAGUCUCGACGGAGCUCAUACGUUUCGAUGAACCGCCAGUCAAUAAUUGAUUCACGCUCUGGUUCGGUAUCCACGGGCUGGACAGAGGCUACAGGUCAUACCAAUGGAUCCGAUAUCCGAGCAUCUUCAUUCACUUCGGUCAAUCCCCCCAACUCACCACCUCAGGGGAGUGGUCAUGCUCCCGACGAGGCCCGGUCAAGGGAUGUUGAUUCAUCCUACACUCGCAGUCCUCCCACGUCCAGCCAUGGCAACAACAAGCGCCAAUCGCUUUAUAUGUCUACCAACCCGCAAGACAAUCCUGUUCCUCUUCGCGCCGAAGUCAUUCUGCCCAGUCAAUUUCCCCCAAGUGUACCCGAAUCAUCAGUGCGAAGUGCCUCCCCGCCAGCGCCAAACUUCAGCGUCCCUUCAUUCAGCAAAAAGUUCGUCUCAAGGCCCGGGCCACCUCCCGUCACGCAGGCUUCUCCGCCCCCAUCUGUAGCUGGUGUUCUUCGGCGGGGGGAAAGUAUUGGAGACUUUAGCAUCUCCAGCAUUUCCUCCCCUCCGCAAUCUCCCACGUUCAGUGUCACAAGUUCGAAGUAUACCGAUUCUCCGGAGCCGACAUUUGUUGCGCGGGAUCCUAAUGGUCGACGCAUCCUACGACCAUCCAUUUCAGAAGAUGCCUUAUCGCGAACUGUGCGCUCAACCCAGAAUGCCCCUAAUUUCGCCCGUGUGCCUCGCGCUGCGCCCUCUGAAACCAGUUCCCCGCCAUCUCGCCCUCUCAGCAUGCUAGGUCGCUCUGGGCUGGGCAUUCAGAUAUGCAGAGAGCUGCAGAUGCAGCCUCUCCCUCCAGCGGAGCCAAUUCCAGUUCCUCGCAGCCGCAACAUGGACCAAACACACCAAAACAUAUUCCGCCGUAAAAGCAUGCCUGGACUGACCAUUGGACCACCGGCCGCACCACCACCAAACUGUCCGCUCCCCAAAAUUCCCUCUCCCAUUGCUGCUCAAGCAUCGCCGGCCUGGUCAACGAGUCCUCCCGCCGAUCGAUUCUACCAGUCACAGCAAGUCCGUGAACAUAUCCAAGACCGACGACGGAGUGGUCUCCCACCAGUCCUUCCCGCACCGAAAAAUGGCAAGCUGUCAAAAACAGCUCCGCAGCAGUCCAGCAUGAUCCAAUGA